GCGCAGGGCGGACUCGAGCUGCCUUUGGAGGCGUUGGUUUCUGUUUCUGUCUAUCUUACGCACUAUCUCCGCCCUCAAGGGAGAGACUUCUCCGUUAACCGAGCACCUCUUUUUCACGCACUGCCGUUAAAUCAAGAUUAGGUGUGACGGACUGCAAGAGCGCAAAGGACGCCGUCAAUUUAUCCCCGGAUUCCCCCUCCUCGUUAUGAAUUUUUGGAUUAUGUGGACGUCGUUAUGCCACGCAGGGUGAACUACAGCCGCUUUCCAAGAUUAAAUCACCCGAGCUAGAAGCAAGGAACGUCAAAAAAAAUGUGCACGAAUCAGAUGCAGCUGCACAUCAUCGGGAUUUUGCCUGUAAAUACCUCUUGGAUGUUUAUUUUUUAAUGCUUUUUGUGGUUUUUCGUGCGCGCAAUGUGCAAUAGGUUUGUGUGCUGCUCGGAGUUGGCUUAGCCCACCAGGCAUCACCUUGAUAAUUAUCCUCAUUUGAAUAUCGGAGUGAUUCAUGUGUAGCGUGCAGUAGUUGUAACCAUGCAGAACCCGCUUUGUGUCGUGAAUCUUUGAGAAUGUUUUUAAUGUAAAUAUAAGUGAUACAUGGUGAACUAAUUGGCUUUGUGGAUGUUAGACCAAUAACAAGAGUUCGUGUCAUUCCGACAUAAUAAAGCGACGCAGGGGCUGUUUGAAGUCACAUGUGCCCAGAACAAACAAUUAAAAUGACAAAAACCGUCCUCAGAAGAGAUUGUCUUUAUUACCGAGGAAGCUGCAUUGGGAUCACAUCUCAGUUCCUGAAUUGCAAUAGAGUUGGAGGACAGGGAGCAGAGGAAGAAGAGAGGGAAAGGAGAGCUGCUGAGCUGCACAACAGAGCCUCUGCUGCUGAUAGGAAAGCUUUGGCUUCAGUGAUGGACUGAGCUGAAGGUGACGGGACCCCUGUGACAGCCAGCUUCACCUUUUUUUCCUCUCUCUAGAGCCUUCACACUUGGCAAAGGCAUGUAUGGACACACUGCAGCAUAGGUGAGAACAGAAGGAGCUGCCCACUUUGAACACAUCAAUUUGGCCUAAUGAUUGAAAUACAACUAUCUCUCAAAGAGGACAACACUGGCCUUUUAUUUGGAAACUGUCUCUCAGGUCUGCACAAACUGAUUCUACCUUUGUCCCAAAAAGCAAGUAAACCGGGAACCUCAGCCCCUUCCCAAGUGCCCGCCGGAUUCAGUCUGGGACCACAGAUGUAACUUAGCUGUCAAGAUUUCAUCACCAGGAAGUCCUGUUUUUUUGGCUGCAUGGACACAUCUUCAAAGACGUGGCUGCCGCAUCAGAGUCAGUUUGGGUUGGUUGGUCAAGCGGAGGUUUGCUGUGGCGGACCUGGAGUUUUAACCCCAAACCAAUCCCGCAGGGCAAGUUUUGCCUCUGUAAGACAGUCGAGCAUGGAGACCCCUCCGAAUGCCACGCCACAGCCCUUCAGACAACCGGAACGUCAGAGUUUUCUGAACCGACGUCUGAAGGGCUCCAUCAAGAGGGCCAAAAGCCAGCCCAAACUGGACCGGACCAGCAGCUUCAGACAAAUGAUUUUGCCUCGAUUUCGAAGUGCUGACCAAGAAAGGACACGCUUGAUGCAGAGCUUCAAAGAAUCCCACUCCCAUGAAUCCCUACUUUCUCCUAGCAGUGCUGCGGAGGCUUUGGACUUAGUUUUGGAUGAAGAUGCGAUAAUCAAACCUGUCCACUCGAGCAUUUUAGGACAAGAGUACUGCUUUGAGGUAACCACCAAUUCAGGGACAAAAUGUUUUGCCUGCCGCUCAGCUUCAGAGAGAGACAAGUGGAUUGAAAAUCUGCAACGAGCUGUCAAACCCAACAAGGACAACAGCAGACGGGUGGACAAUGUGCUCAAGUUGUGGAUCAUUGAGGCUCGAGACCUUCCGGCUAAGAAACGAUACUAUUGUGAGCUGUGUCUGGAUGACAUGCUGUACGCGCGCACCACCAGCAAACCCCGGACCGACACAGUCUUCUGGGGCGAGCAUUUUGAAUUUAACAAUUUGCCUACCAUUCGUAGCCUUCGUUUGCACCUCUACAAGGAAACUGACAAAAAAAGACGCAAGGAGAAAAGCACAUAUCUUGGCCUUGUCAGCAUCCCCAUCUCCAGCAUCACGGGCCGGCAGUUUGUCGAGCAGUGGUACCCGGUCAUACAGUCCAGUGUCUUGGCCAAAAGCGGCGGCGUUGGAAGCACCAAAGUGAUCAACGCCUCACUACGUGUCAAGUCUCGCUACCAGACAAUGAACAUCCUGCCGAUGGAGCUGUACAAGGAGUUUGCUGAGUACAUCACCAACAACUACCGAACACUGUGUGCAGUUCUGGAGCCGCUGCUGAGUGUGAAAAGCAAAGAGGAGGUGGCGUUCGCUCUGGUGCACAUCCUGCAAAGCACAGGGAAGACAAAGGAGUUUCUGUCUGACAUGGCGAUGUGUGAGGUGGAUCGAUUCAUGGACCGUGAACACUUGAUCUUUCGUGAGAACACGCUCGCUACGAAGGCCGUGGAAGAGUACCUCAAACUGAUAGGUCACAGAUACCUCAAGGAUGCUAUAGGUGACUUCAUUCGAGCCUUAUACGAGUCUGAGGAGAACUGUGAGGUGGAUCCCAUGCGUGUCCCGCCGUCAGUCCUCGCCGACCAUCAAGCCAACCUUCGAAUGUGUUGUGAGCUGUUACUCUGCAAGAUCAUCAACUCUCUCUGCAUAUUUCCCCGAGAGCUGAAGGAAGUUUUCGCCUCGUGGAGAGCCAGAUGUGCUGAGCGUGGAAGAGAGGAUCUCGCUGACAGCCUCAUCAGCUCCUCCCUGUUCCUGCGCUUCAUGUGCCCGGCCAUCAUGUCCCCCUCCUUGUUCAAUCUGAUGCAGGAGUACCCCGCUGAGCGCACGUCCCGCACGCUCACGCUCAUCGCCAAAGUGAUGCAGAACCUGGCCAGCUUCAGCAAAUUUGGACCCAAGGAGGAAUACAUGUAUUUCAUGAACGAGUUCCUGGAGAUGGAGUGGGGCUCCAUGCAGCAGUUUCUCUACGAGAUUUCCAACAUGGACGCUGGAGGAAACGCUGGAGGGUUUGAGGGCUACAUUGACCUCGGCAGAGAAUUGUCCAUGCUGCACAGCUUACUGUGGGAAGUCAUGGGCCAGCUGAGCAAGGAUGCUAUUCUCAAACUCGGACCCCUACCACGGCUGCUGAAUGACAUCAGCGUGGCCCUGAGGAACCCGCAGCUCCACAUGCCUACUAAUCACCAGCCGGACCGACCGAAGGACAGACUCUUCUCACGGCCGUCUUUCAAUCGUCUCAUGUCCUCUGACUUCCAAAGCCUUAUGAUGCGCGACUUAAACAGUUCAAUAGACAUCUCUCGUCUGCCGUCUCCGACCACCGGAGUCUCAGCUGUCGAAUCCCUCUCAUCGAAUCUGAACAUGAGGCGCCACGCAGAGCGAGACCUCCGCUCCUCAAGGGAAGUGUUCUACGUGACGCGCCCGCCGCUGGCUCGAUCCAGCCCUGCGUACUGCACGAGCAGCUCGGACAUCACCGAACCAGACCCAAAGGUUCACAGUGUGAAUAAAAGUGUGUCCAUGAUGGACCUUCAGGACUCUCGUAUGAACAGCAUUUCCAACCUGAACUCUGUGGGCGACAUGCUCACCUCCUCUCAGGCCUCCAUCGCCGGCCUGGGCCAUAGCUUCGGGAACCUCUGCGGCCCUCUUCGUAUGGGAGGCCAUAUGCCAGCGGGCUCUUCGGGCUCCGGUUUGAGGCUGAGCCAGAUGGGCCACAUAGGGGGUCCCACCGAAUCCAUCUCUCAACAGCAGCAGCAGGCAGCAGCGGCCAUGCACUUCCCCCUGUCUUUCCAGAACCCGCUAUUCCAUCUGGCCGCCCAGAACUCCCCGGCUCAGUCUCAGCCCCAGCCUCCUCCCCCUCCUCUCCUCCUCGCCCCCGAGCCAGAGAACGGCCACCACGACUAUGCACCGGCCUUUGGCAACAGUGCUUUCUCCCGCAGCGAGGACUUGUCCGCCCUGCGGUCACAGAGCAGUCUGGUGCAGCCCAGCAUUGUCCACUCACACAGUUACAGUGAUGAUUUCACCCGGCAGAAUCAGAACAAUGACUUCGCCUGGCACCAGCUGUCACUGCAGGUGCAGGAGUCUCUCCAGCAGCAGCACCUGAUGGGAGUCGUAUCUCAGACGACCACAGGGACGGGCACCCCUGCCUCCUUGGCCACACCACCUACUACAGUUCACCCCGUCCGCCAGUCAUCCAUGGCUCCACCACAACACCUCAAGUCACAGCGGUCCAUCAACACUCCGGCCACCGCCACACCUCCAAAAGUUCGCCCGCAGAGCAGGAACCUCCUCCUCGACUCCUCUGACACUAACUACAGCGGCAGCCAGCCGAAACAGCGGCAUUCUCAGCAGCAGCAGCUGCAACAGCAGCAUUCUCAGCAGCAGCAACAGCAGCAGCAACAGCAGCAACAGCAACAGCAGCAGCAGCAACAACAACAGGAUGCCCAGCUGUCAGUGACGGACAGUCCGGCCCCCGGACUCCCGUACCAGACGAGCUCCGCCAAAGAGAACCAGGGCAUGCAAGCUGCUGCAGAGGAGUCGACAGACACGCCCACAAAAAGCACCAAGAAGUCUCCACAGACGCAACUGCAGCCACCACAGCAGCAUCUGCUCAAACCAGGCAAUAAACAGGGUUCGACCUUGAACACCCCGGCCCUCAAUGAACGGACAGUCGCCUGGGUCUCCAACAUGCCGCAUCUCUCUGCUGACAUUGAGAGCCUGCGGCCAGACCGUGAGGGCCAACUGAAAGAGUACUCCAAGAGCAUGGAUGAGUCACGACUAGAGAGGGUAAAAGAGUACGAGGAAGAGAUACAUUCCUUGAAGGAGCGACUGAAGAUGUCUCAUCGCAAGCUCGAAGAAUAUGAGCACAGACUUGCCACGCAGGAACAGCAGACAAACAAGAUACUAAUGCAGUAUCAGAACCGUCUGGAUGACAGUGAGCGCCGUCUGAAGCAGCAGCAAGUGGAGAAGGACUCACAAAUCAAAGGCAUCAUCAACAGACUCAUGGCUGUGGAAGAUGAGCUGAGAGGGGGUGCCAUUCCUGAUAUUAAGCCUCGAAUCCUCACAGACCAGUCUAUCAACCAGGGUUAUGGCCACCCAGGAUCCUGACUGUCAAUACCCAUGUGACCAGAACUCAUGAUGGUCACACGAGUGUAAGAAGACUGACCUACAAAAACCCAUGAAGAGAAGCUCUGCAGUGGCUUCAUCUCACAACGUUCGUGAAAAAAAACUUUGCACAUAUUCAAACUUUGCCUGUACCAGAACUUGACAAUCAGAUUAGCGGAGGACCAACGUGUGCAGUGAAUCUUCUGCACAUUGUGACUGAAAUAUAAGCCAAUGCCACAACAAUGGCAAUACUGAACCCAAUGACUUUCUUUAUUUAAUCGGAUGAAGUGAGAAGAGAUGUGUUAAACACUGGGGAUGAAGACGGAUUCAUGAUUUUCCCCGCCACAAGCAGCACACUCGCUUCUCACUCAAGUGGCUGAAGACACAAUGUAGAAAAUGCUUUUACAAGCACAAAAAUACCCUCAUGGUGACGCCUGUGACUAACAACAAGCAUGUUGUUAAAUCAGUUGCCAUCUAUGAUCCUCGGAUGCAGGGCCCAAGCAGAGACCUAUAUUACUAUCUGAUACUGAUUAAAUCACUUAGUAACAUUCUCACUGACAAAAGGUGGUUAUCAUUAUGAUUUUUGCACCCUUUUGCAUCCUUUAUAGUACAGCCAUCCCAUCUGAAUAGAUGCCAAACGAAUCUUACAAUCAACUAACUGCUUUAAAUACAAUCUAAACCUUCUCGGUUAAAUUUUCCUUCGGCGCACAGUGUAAAGCCACAACGACAGUCUCUUGACUUUCAGUGUAUAGAAGAAGUAUUUCUUAAAGCUACUAAACCUUUUUAAAAAUGGAAAUACUUUGCAUAAAUAAUCUGACAUUAUAAUGUGUUUUGUUCACUUUGUAAUAAUAAUAUUAAUCAUAAUGAAGAAUAUAUAUGACAUUUCAAAACAGUGAUACAAAGUGCUUCAUAAGAGACCUGACAUGAAAGAAAAAUCGUGUGAAAUUGUAGGAAAAUAUUUUAUUUAAAGGGGCACUUCAGCGAGGCAGUUAAGUACUUCUUAGCCUGUGUGGUGGAAUUAGCAGGCUAACUAGCUCGCUAAUUGCACCAUGCUUUCGUUCUAUUUUUACAGAAAAUAAGUCGUCACUCAUCUGGCGAUAGCAAUAUUAUUCCCAAUGCUGUGACGAAAGUGUGUUGAGGAACCAUUAUAUUGUUAAGUUUCACUCAUUCAGCAGCUGGCUAGUUAGUUAGAAAUGUCAGUAGGUAUGUAGUUACUGAUUUUUACGUUGUUACCACGGACACUUGCGUCAGGCAAUGAAGCUGUAGUGGCCAAACUGUGUAAUUUGAACUUCUGGGUCCGUCACGAGUUGCCAUUCGGCACAAAAGACGUCUGUAAAUCAGCAAAUCGUUUUUGUUUGAGGUACAUCAACUUUACAGUACAAACACUUUAAUAGCCCUUAUUUAAAUAAUAAUAACAAGAGGUAAAUCAUGUAAAUGAGCCAGAAACUAAGCAGUUAGGCGGCAGGGCUAGAGGAAAAGCUAGUGUGCUUGCUCCAUGAGCCCAUAGAUGUGGGUUUUCCAGGUUAUUUUAUGCACAGAAGUCAAACUUUUUUGGCUUCAUGUGCCACUGAGCGGCUUUCAUAGGAAUGAAUGGGGCCUCGCCUCUAACGCUGUUCUCCUUAUACGUGCACGCUGAACACACAAGUCCAGUCUGCUCACUUGCAAAGAACAGUGUGGACAGCCUGUCUAAAAAUAUUUGAUUUGCCAGACCAGAUCUUUCACUUACAAGACCUCCAACUUAAUGAAUGUGCAAUACUAAAUCACUGGAGUGCCCCCUCAAACUACACUACAUGAAUUUAACAUUGUCUUUAAGAAAGGUUUUGUUAUCGGAGAGAUGAUGGCGACAGCUGCAGCUUCUCGAGCAGCAACAGCAGGGCUCCAGCUCAUCUUUAGUUGACAGUUCUUAAUGAAUGUUUGUCUCAUGGAGCGUUACGUCUCAGAGACAGUGUUGGUCGAAAGCCAGCCUAAACUAACCGAGACUCAGAAGUACUGAAUUAACCAGAAAGAUAUCUAAAAAGAAAGUCAUGGCCUUCAUGUCUGCCAUUCUCAUUAUUUAUCUUUUUAGCCUUUUCAUGUUUUGUUGUACAGCACUUUGUAACAUUGGUUUGAAAAGUGCUGUAUGGAUACAUUUUUAAUAACUAUGAUUAUAAACAUUAUGUGCAACUGGAAACAAAUCAUAUUAUAGCAAGUAGUGAAUUACUCAUCUGUUGUGUUUAAUGUUUCUGAAGCAUAGAUGUGCAACAGUUCUGCAUGAGCUUUUUAAAUGCGAGGACGAGUAAGUCGAUUUGUUGUCAGAUAUUAUUCUUAUGUACAAAAAAAGAAAACUUUGACAUGGCUUUCUUAUUGGAAGGCAUCUUUUUUUUAUCCAACCUGCUGACUCUUCCGUUUUUUUCAGAAGAGGGUGGCAUUCAGCCUUUUGCAUUAUACAACAUGAAAGUACUGAAAGAAAUGACCGGAACACAAACAGAGGAGCAACAGUGAAAACAACAGAACAAUAUAAAGAGUUUCCAAGCAGGGAUAUGUAGUAUAUGUGCAUAGGAUUUGACUGCCUUACAGUCUGUGCCACAGGGCCCAAAAUAACAAUGCCAAUACAAAAAAACUUGUAAACUUUGUAUAUUAAAUGUCCUUUUUUUGUAGUCAGGUGAUGAAUUAAUAAGCAGUGUGUUGGUUAACUCUGUAUGUUAGUCAGAAUCAUUUAUAUUACAAAUUUCAUGGUUGAUAUAAUUUAUCUUAACCUAUUGCCUUUAAAAAUACAUUUUCUUUCAAGAUAAAUAUCAAAUGAUACAAAGUUAUAUGUUUAAGUUACCAGAAAUGUAUAAAAUAGCUUAAUGUAUAUCUAUUCUUAUAUGUAAAAUGUAUUCAAAUCAAGGGUAGGCCUUCAGGCAUGUUAAAACUUGUGGUAAAAAAUGAUUCUUAUAUUAUUAACUCUUAAUGCUGCAAUCCAGAAACUACAGUGCUAUGGUGUGACUGCGUUCACGGGAUGAGAGCGGAAUAAUUUCCCAGCAUAGCACAAUUUCUGUCCUGUGGAAUAAUAAGACAAAUUUCUUAAAGUAUCUCGCCUGCAGUAUGUCUGUGUAACCAAAAUAGCAGUGGUGCUUUCAACAAUACUGGAUUGCAGUUUUAAGUAAUCUUUUGAAAUAUGCGUUUUAUUUAUUUGGCCUGCAUUGCAAUACAGUAUUUCGAAAUGUUAAUACUGCACUUCUGUUUUCAUUUCAUGAGAAGCUGCAAUCCAUAAUCUGACAGAUGUUUAUAAAGACAUAAAAAUCUAUGAUAUUCCCAUGUAUUCUUGAAACUUUCUUUGUGUUAGCUGCAGUGGUACAGUGUCCUACCUCUAAAAUCUUUAUACCACAACCCGAGAGGAUACUUUAAUCCAUGUGGCUCCAUUUAUUUAAGAGAUGAUGCUCACAAAAAAAUAAUUUUCUUUCCUGGUUUCUUUCAUUGCUAUUUUAAGAUUUCCUAAAUAUCACAGGGCCAUUUCUAAAGUUUGUCCUGUUAAACUAUUGUAUUUAAGUGCCAUUACCAUUAUAUUCAUACAAAUCUCCUUUUAAUUACAGGAUGAGAUAGGUCGUGUUCCAGGUAUUCCUCAGACUCUCAGGUGUUGCAAGGAACACAGAGGUAUUGCCAGAAAGAACUUUUGAUAUAUUUAAAACCAAAUGCACAAAAAUAAAAGGACAUAAUGUUUGGCAAAUGACAAUUAAAGCUAAAAAGAAAAUAAGAAAUAACAUAAAACAAGGCGUCCGUGCUAAAGCAGCUACUCUGCUUUGAUUUUGUUUGGUUCCCGGCCCACAUCUCAUCCUUUUAUAAAUAGUGUAAUUUACACCUUCUCUUGUAUUAUUUGUUACAUAAAAGGGAGAAAGAGUUUGGUUUCUUGGCCCAAAUGAUAAAUGUGACAAAUGCUCCAGUAUAAUAAAACUCGGUGAGGGAUAUUAUUGAAGUCACUGUUGAAGAAGUGCUUUAUGUUUACAGAAAUAUAAGAUUUUAGAGGAUGUAUGAACCUUUAUCGACCCAGCUGCUUUGCUGCAGCUAAAGCAGGACCUAAUAAAUGAAAUGAGAUAUCUUGUAUAUUUUGAAUAAGGGUAUUUAACAUCUAUCAACAUAUUUAUGUUUCUAAAACGGAUGUAUAUCAUUAUGAAAUGAAACAAAGUAUUUUUAUUGGCAGCUAUUAUUCUGCACAAUUGAUCUACUGUGUCACAAAUAUAUAGUUGGUGGGAUUUCUGACUUGAAUCGGCCCUACUGGAUGUAAUAACUUAAUUUACUUGACAUUUCUUUUGAAAUAAGCCAUGCCCCAUGGAUAAGCCAUACCCUCCAGUCCCCUGAUGUUGUGUGGUGGAUGUUUAAUGUUGGUAGUUUUAUUUAUAAUGGUAGUUAUUGUAGGUAUGAUUGCGCUUGUAAUUAUUAUUAUUAGUGUAAGUAUACUUGAUUGAUAUGAUUUGUUUUGUUUGAACAAAGGGAAUGUAUUCAUUUUUCAGGUGAUUUUUCCGAGUGAUUUAAAUAAACUAAUAAAUCCCUAA